AUGGCCGAACAGCAACAACCCACGCUCGGCCUCCCGGCAGGCAUCUCGCCUGACCAGCUCGACAUCAUGACUGAACUCACCUCCCUGCUCUCGCGCCUCCGCACGCCCGUCAACCUCCCGGGCAUCUCCAGCUCGACAAUGGGACAAACACCCGCCGCCCCGACGCCCUCCCAGUCCCAGUCCCAGCAGCAGCAUAGCAACAACAACCAGUCGUCGCAACAUCACCAGCAGCCCACGGGCGACAUAUCCCUGCGCGACUUCCCGCCCUCGACCGACCACCUGCGCCUCAAGCUGCAGUCCGCCAAGUCCGCCGUCCUCGCGCUGCCGGACAUGGACAAGAGCAUCGCGGAUCAGGAGGGCGAGAUACGGGAGCUGGAAGACCGCAUACGGCGGCAGAGGGACCAGCUGGGCGCGCUGAAGGACAAGGGGAACCGGUUCGCCGCGUCUGAGCGCAUGGUCGAGUAG